AGUAUUAAAUACAACUCCGGAGAAUUCGUCUCAAAGCUACCAUCUGUUGAAGAGACCGUGUUACUGCUGCACAACAGACUGUCCCUUUAAUCCUGCGAUCAGUGUGGCUGCAUGUAAGCGAGUAACCAGCAGCUUGUUGAUUUCUGAUCUCAGCCACACAUUGUUUUCAUUUUAGUCUGUUAUUAACUUUGAGCGAAAACAGAACUCUAACCCAUUGGAGCCCUGGGUCAAAACCAAAGGGUCUGCGCUUGGACGAUCUUGAGAGCGGAUUGCCGGAAACGUCCGCCUUGAGCUCGGAUCCCUGAGAAGAGGGGGACAGGGAAGGCUCUCCUUUUCCACGACUGUUCAGUACUUUCCCAAUGAAGAUGGCGGCUCCUAUUCUUGCCAGCAGGACUGGAUCUGUUAAUAACACGGGAACCGGUACCAGCAGCAACAACAAUAAUAAUAAAACAUCUCCAAGCUUCCCGGAGCUGGACUUCAGGUCGGGAACGAGGAUCGAGGAAUUAAAUAAGCUUAUUCAGGAUUUCAGCAAACACGAUCAGAGGGAAUAUGACGACCAGCGGGCUCUGGAGAUCCACACUGCUAAGGAUUUCAUCUUCUCCAUGCUCGGCAUGGUGCAGAAGCUGGAUCAGAAGCUUCCUGUUGCUAAUGAGUACCUGCUCCUCUCGGGAGGAGUUCGAGAGGGGGUGGUGGACAUGGAUCUGGACGAACUCAAUGUCUACGCCAGAGGCACAGACUACGACAUGGACUUCACGCUGCUGGUUCCUGCACUGAAACUCCAUGACCGCAAUCAGCCGGUCACCUUGGACAUGCGACACUCUGCCCUGUGCCACUCCUGGCUGAGCCUCAGGCUUUUUGAUGAAGGGACCAUUAACAAAUGGAAAGACUGCUGCACCAUCGUUGAUCACAUCAACGGCGCCUCCAACUAUUUCUUCUCGCCCACCAGUGUGGCUGAUUGGUUUUAUGAGUCCGUCAGCGUGGUUUUGGUGGAGAUUCAGAAGAAGCCUCAGCGGGGGAUGCCCAAGGUGGAGAAGGUGGAGAAGAACGGGACAAUAAUAUCCGUUAUUCUGGGGGUAGGCAGCAGCCGCAUGCUCUAUGACAUUGUACCAGUCGUGUCUUUCAAAGGCUGGCCAGCAGUGGCCCAGAGCUGGCUAAUGGAAAAUCAUUUCUGGGAUGGCAAGAUAACAGAGGAGGAAGUGAUCAGUGGGUUUUACCUGGUGCCUGCUUGCUCUUUUAAAGGUCAGAAGGAGAAUGAAUGGAGGCUAUCCUUUGCAAGGAGUGAGGUGCAGCUGAAGAAGUGCAUCUCAGGUAGUCUAAUGCAAGCCUAUCAAGCCUGUAAGGCCAUCAUCAUUAAACUGUUAUCCAGACCCAAAGCCAUUAGCCCUUACCACCUUAGGAGUAUGAUGCUCUGGGCUUGUGACAGGCUUCCAACCCAUUACCUCUCCCAGGAAGACUACUCUGCUCAUUUCUUACUCGGACUUAUAGAUGACCUCCAACACUGCCUAGUAAGCAAGAUGUGCCCAAACUAUUUCAUCCCGCAGUGCAACAUGCUGGAGCACCUCUCUGAUGAGACUGUGGUGCUGCACGCUCGCAAGCUGUCGUCAGUGCGGUCCGACCCCACGGAGCACCUGAAAACGGCCAUCGAGCAGCUCAAAGCAGCCAAUCGGCUGACUGUGGAUCUGCAGAGGAGAGGCAGCUCCUCCAGCAUCCCCUCCCCACUGUCUGACGGGGGGGAGACCCAACCUGAUGACCGGCUAGCAAAGAAACUGCAACAGCUAGUGACUGAGAACCCGGGCAAGUCCAUCUCUGUGUUCAUCAACCCCGACGACGUCACGCGCCCUCACUUCCGCAUCGAUGAUAAGUUCUUCUGAGGGGCUUUGACCAGGUCUCCUCUAGAACAUUGUGUCAUUCAGUGUUCCAUGUUAUAUUUACAGCUAGACUGUUUCUGCAGGGCACAUGUUUGAGUUUUGGAAUGAUCUUCUGGUAGUGUAUUCCAUGCAUAUUAGAUGAGGGCUCAGAUACUUUUAAAGGAGAACUGAAACCUGUAUCUGUGUACAAUGCUGUAUUAUGAAUGUUUGUUUGUUUGAGUUUCUGAAAAUGUCUUAUUAACCUCCUGUGCCGUAUAUGUGAUUAGAAAGUUGUACGUGUAGCACAUAGAAGUGUAGUCCUAAGAUUUGUGUUAUAUUACAUGAAAUCUUGGAUUCCUCUGCUUGUUUUGCAUUGAAGACUGAAGUAACUCUCCUCAAUCCUUAGUGCGUCUGCAUGAUGAUCUUACCUGCACAGUGAAUAGACUGACAGCAGGGUUGUAUUUUAAAAAGGGAGAUAGAGUGUGCAAAGAUGCACACUGCAAUUUAGAUGCAAGUUUUUGCAUAAAACCUGCUGCAUUUUAGGUAUAAAUAAAUUAUAUUUUCUUUACAGUUAUGUGUAUUUUGCUUUAUGUAAAGUGAACAAUUACAUGCCAAAAAGUGACUAAACAUGGCUGUUGGGAUUUUACCUUCGCAGACCCAUUGACAAGUGCAAUUAGACUGUUUGGGCUUUAACAAAUAUUGCCCCAUUUUUUUUUUAUUGUCAUUAUCUGUGCAAACAACCUCCAGAGGUUUAUAGACCAUGGAAACAGUUGAUGUACACUACCAGUCAGAAGUUUUAGAGCACCCCCAUUUUUCCAGUUUUUGUAAAAAUUUAAGCAGUUCAUCCAGUGAAUAACCUGUA